AAAGUAAACAACUCUCGCAUACGCAGUGUCUGGCAGUGGAGGGUUCUCGACGUCUUUUUUUUCUAAUCACCGCUCAUGAUUUUGCCACCCUCAAGACGCGUCUGGUAUACUGUAGGCUACAAUAACAAAGUCAAAGAAGACAAGAUGGUGAUAAUUACAUGUAGCUGAUUAUUCUCUUUGAGUAUUGGCAGUUGGCACCAUCAUGGCGUUGAAAGGACUUGGUAAUCUUCCAGUGGUACGGCGAUGGAAUGUUACCUACUUCAUGGAAAGUGACAAGAAGUGGCUCAGAGGAGACUUGGUUCUCUCCAACUUAAAUCUAUCCUUCCAAGAGUUACCUUCUGGAAGAAUCCUCCUAACCAUAGACCUAGACUCCAUUACAGAUGUGAAGUUGGAGAGGGCAUGGAUGGGGUACAAGUCUUUGGUGGUGUUGGCUGGAUCAAGGAAGUUCUGGUUCUCAUCAUUCGCCAACUCACAGUGUGUCCGGAAGGUCCUUUUGCACUUCAUCAAAGAAACACUGUUUAUUCAUCAGAAGACUGGUGGGACUGUACCAACAGGAAAUGGAGGAGGGGGUGGUACCAGCAAACUUGGACGGGAGUUGCUGUCCAUUGCUCAUGACUCUGAGAGAACACUAUCUGAAGCAGCAUCGCAGCUUGUCAACCAAGGGGAGCAGAUUGAUGAUGGCUUUAAGACAAUGGAUCUUAUCCACAAGGAUCUAGGCAUUGCAAGGCAGAACAUAUCUUAUCUUGAAUCUUGGCUCGGUCACUGGCAUGUUUGCCUAGAUGACAUCCAGCCACAGGCAUCUAAGACUCCUAACCAGAUGCUACCAAUAAACGAGAUUCCAGAAUAUCCAGUUAUUUACAAAUUAAGAAAAAAGGAAGAGGAAUCGGGGUUGCUCAGGGUGUCUCCUGAUGGGGUUGCUGUGUGCAACGAACAAAGAACAGUUUUGCAAUUCACCUACAGAGAGAUAAGCGUUAUCAGUGUUUGCACCCCAUGGUCGUUCAUUAUCACAAGGAGGAGGAUGGGGGAGCCAGACAUCACAUGCCAAAUCACAAGUGCAAAGGUCAUCUCAAUAUUGAAGGUCAUGGGGUCAAAGGUCAAAGAGAAGAUAGACUAUGAUGAACCAGAAAGUGUUGAUUUCAUUUCUCACCAGGCUGUAGGAGAUAGAGUGAACAAAAAGAAAGGACUUCUCUGUAGUCAAGAUUCAAGAGGAUCCUCCGAUGGUUUCCAAGAUGGGGGUGUAAUUGAGGGGCAGUCACAAUUGACUUGUUCUUCAGACUUGGUCACAGAGAGUGAAGCUGCUGAACUGAACAAUGUACUGAAAGAUGUCAAGACACUGGCACUGGGCAUCAACACCGAGCUAGACGUCCAGAACGAGAAGAUUUCACAGCUAACAGACGAUGUCAAUGAUGUCACAGAGGACGUAAGCAAGAACAACAAGAGAAUGCAGAAGCUUCUUUAGGUUCAUCGUAAUGGGGGAUUUAAAGAGCAGGUCAACCCUGAUCGGAAAUUGAUCGAUAUUGAAUUUUACAAAUAAGACACAAAUAACUUGGCUAUAUUAGCUAGUAAUCUAAGUGGCCAGAAAAAUCUAAUUGGCAAGAGGUACAUUUACAUAUAUCUUAAAGGGGAAUCCAACCCAAAUAAAAACUUGUUUUUAUAAGAAAAAGAAAAAUCAGACAAGGUGAUAUGUGAAAGUUUGAACAAUAUUGGACAAACAACAAGAAAGUUAUGAAUUUUUCAAAGUUGUAAAUAUUGGUAAUAACUAUAUUCAUGGAGACUUCAAAUUGGCCGCAUAUGGGAUGCCAUAGUGAUGUAAGGCAAGGACUACUCUUCCAUGUACUCCACUACAUAUUAUGGCUAAAAUGUCAUUUUUCCUCAAAGUUUUAUUUCAAAUUGUAUUUUUCUUUCAUGAGGACAUUAAACAAUAUACUACCUGGGUUAUAUUUAGAUUACUGCCCCAGGUGAAUGGGUACUUAGGAGAAAACCACAAAUCCCUGAUAAUAAAGUACAUGGCCUAUGGGAAAGUUGUCCUUGCCCCUUGUCAUAAUUUACUUACCCAGUUGCCAAUUUGAAAUCUACAUACCAUUAGUGAUCCCAAUUUUAAAGCAGCUAUAACUUUCUUAUUUCCCGUCCGACUUCUUUCAAACUUUCACCAUUCUGUUUUAUUUAUUUUUCUCCUUCCCAACACAACAUUUUAUAGCCAAGGCUGGAUUCCCCUUUAAAUGUUUAUAGAGCAGAGGUAUAAAGACUUUAGUGGUCUAUGGGUCGGUAUGAAAGUUCUGCAAGCAUAGGAGAUACAUGAGGGCAAUGGGCUAUUUCGCCCUCAUGACAGCCAAAAUCGCCCCUAAAAUUACCCCAAAAUGCAUGCUUUGGGGCCACCAUUCUUUCCUGAGAUGCCCAACAUCUGUCACAAACAAUAUUCAAGAAUAAUGAUAUUUGCUUUUUCUGCAUAAUUGCUUGUUACCCUAAAAAAGUAGCUCUUCUAAACAAAUAGCCAGAAACUCAACAAUCGCCCCAAUGUGGUGAAAACAAGUUAGUCCCUAAAAGAAUAAUGAUUUCCUCAGGGUAGGUGAGUUCUUCAUUGUAAUGACAUACAGUAUAUGGCACAUUUUCAAAUCCAUCUCGCAUUGGAUGAUAAUCGUUCAAUUUUGAAUUGAUAUAAAUACUGUCUAUUUGUAGGAGAACUGACUCAAAAUUACAGAAUUUUGGCAAGAAAAAAAGUUUAAAAACCCAAGAAACUUUACUUUAUAUUCAGUUGGUCUUGUAGAUUUAAUGGUGGUUGGGGCCAAGUGACCACUGUGCCCCCAUCAUGGUGGUUGGGGCAAAGUGACCACUGUGCCCCCAUCAUGGUGGUUGGGGCAAAGUGACCACUGUGCCCCCAUCAUGGUGGUUGGGGCAAAGUGACCACUGUGCCCCCAUCAUGGUGGUUGGGGCCAAGUGACCACUGUGCCCCCAUCAUGGUGGUUGGGGCAAAGUGACCACUGUGCCCCCAUCAUGGUGGUUGGGGCAAAGUGACCACUGUGCCCCAUCAUCAAAAUUGUAUGCAAGGAAACUGAUCUAUCUAGAAAUAGUAGUGACAUUUGUUGCCUUUGCUGAUUAUCUUAUUUUGUGAAGUGUGAAAUAUAUUGUAUUUUGUAUCUAUAGCAGUGACACAUAACCUGAUAAUUAUGGAAUUCAAAGAUGAAAAGCUCCGGUAAUACUUUACACAAAGACGUGACUGCUAUCAAGUCUCUCUUAUGUCAUUCCAAAGUCCAGAAAUGUGCUGGCUUCAAUUCUUUUCAAUCCAUUGGCCUGCAUCCUUAUUACAAACGCCAUGCAAUUUUAUGUUAUAAACCUCACUUGAUGUAAUUGAUAAUUCUCUGGAAAGGGCACUAUAUACAUCCAGUCGCUUUUUACCUGUAAAAGGUUUAUCUGCAUUUAAGAUUUUAUGUUAUGCUCAAAUGUCAAUAAAUGAAAUAAUAAAUGCAAGGAGGUGAUGUGACACAAUCCACGAGGGUUGUACCAAUUUCAUGUACAUUUUA